AGCAUUUACUAGCAAUCAACAUCACUUCAAAAGCCCUAGGAGUGUUUGACCCUUCAGAACAGAGUCAGCCCAGCCCCACCUCUGCCGCCCCAUUAGCACCUGAGUGUGCAACUCCUCCAUGAGCCCAGCAAAACUGUCCCUUCCCUAGGACUGCACAGGAAGGAGCUGGAGGAGAGGGCAGCAGCGCCAUGAACAUCAUCUUGGACCUCCUCGCACUUCUGUUCAUCAUCAGCUACUCCUACCUGGAGUCCUUGGUGAAGUUUUUCAUCCCCCGGAGGAGGAAGUCUGUGGCUGGGGAGAUUGUCCUCGUCACUGGAGCUGGGCAUGGGAUCGGCAGGCUGACCACCUAUGAAUUCGCAAAACGGAAAAGCAGGCUGGUCCUGUGGGAUAUUAAUAAGCAAGGUGUUGAAGAAACAGCAGCGGAAUGCCGGAAGCUUGGGGCCACCGUGCACACCUAUGUGGUGGACUGCAGCAACAGGGAGGAGAUCUACAGCUCAGUGGCCCAGGUAAAGAAAGAAGUGGGUGAUAUAAGCAUCCUGGUAAACAAUGCUGGAGCGGUAUAUCCAGCGGAUCUUCUCAGUACCAAGGAUGAGGAGAUUACCAAGACAUUCGAGGUCAACAUCCUAGGACAUUUCUGGAUCACAAAAGCACUCCUUCCAUCAAUGAUGAAGAGAAACUACGGCCACAUUGUCACAGUGGCUUCGGUGUGUGGCCACGGAGUGAUCCCUUAUCUCAUCCCAUACUGUUCCAGCAAAUUUGCCGCGGUUGGCUUUCACAGAGCUCUGACAGCUGAACUUGAAGCCUUGGGGAAAACUGGUAUUAAAACUUCAUGUCUCUGCCCAGUUUUUGUGAACACCGGAUUCACCAAAAACCCAAGCACCAGAUUGUGGCCUGUAUUAGAGACAGAUGAAGUCACAAGAAGUCUGAUAGAUGGGAUACUCACCAAUAAGAAAAUGAUUUUUGUUCCAUCAUAUCUCAACAUUACUCUAAUAUUGGAGAAGUUUCUUCCUGAACGUGCUUUGGCAGCUAUACAUCGUAUACAGAAUGUUCAAUUUGAAGCAGUGGUUGGCCACAAAACCAAAAUGAAAUGAUAUAUUCCAGAGGUGUGAACAUUGGUGAUGUGAAUCUUAGAGUCAGUGUUUCAAAUCUUCCUCCCAUGUUUUUCAGUGAUUUAAUAUUAGAACAUUUUGGCACUAGCAGCAAUCCAAUAAACAAGACUAAUUAUCUUACUGUUUUCAAAAAUAGACAAUUGUGAGAAAUAAAUCUCUACUGUUUACAAUCAA